UCUCUCUCUCUCUCUCUUCAGCUCCCCUCAUCACUUCAAUUGAAUUCCCAUCUUUCUUUCUCUGCUUUCUUUCUGUCUCUGUCCCUGUUUCUAAGAAAACAAGCAACAUGGCUGAGGCUGCAGAGCUACACUAUCAACCCAAACCAACCAACACCACAAACCCAACAAGUUCUAGCAACAACCCAACAACACGCUUAAAGCUUUUUGGCUUCAAUGUCCAAGACGACGAUUUAGAAUCUUCCGUACUCGACUCCACCAAGACUUCCACCCCAUCUGGUUCACCGGAAUCCGGCGGUUUUUCCACCACCGGCGACCGUAAAUACGAGUGCCAGUACUGCUGCCGAGAAUUCGCCAACUCCCAAGCCCUCGGAGGCCACCAGAACGCGCACAAGAAAGAGCGCCAGCAGCUCAAGCGAGCUCAGCUCCAAGCCAGCCGAAACGCCGCGGUUUCAUACGCCCGAAAUCCCAUCAUCUCCGCCCCCCCCCCCCGCCUCCCCCCCCCCCCCCCCCCCCCGCCGCCGCUGUCUGUACGAGAUGGUGGGCCCAGUUUUGAUGAUGCAUUGGGCUUGGACUUGCAUCUCAGCCUUUGACUCGGUUAAGCAAGGCUCGGCUUGGCUCGGCUUGAGAAACGACGUGGUGUGUGGUGGCCUUUAUAAUAUGUUGCUCAGAUCAUGAGGUGGAGGUGGUGGGAAGCUAAUGUUUAUUUUGGUAGUGGGAUCUUUGUACAUUUUCAAAUUUUAUUUAAUUUAUUUAAUUUUUAAGAAAGUAAUUUCA